CAUUUUUUCAGUCCUAUUGAUUUGAUAAUUUGAGUAAAUGGGAAAGAGUUGGGUUAUGAAUACUUCCCUCUUGUUUUUUAUUCUCUUCCUUCAAACCCUAAAACAUGUUCACGCCAGUUACAAAUGCUACGGCGACUUUUUCACCGGUAACUAUGGCAUCAACCGAGACAACCUCUUAUCUACUCUUCCUUCCAACGUCGUCAAUAACGGCGGCUUCUACAACGCAUCACUUGGCAGAAACAACAGAAUCCAUGUUGUCGCCUUAUGUAUAAGAGGCUACGAGGCCCAAGCUUGUAAGACAUGCCUCGAGCAUGUCAUUGACGAUACAAAAUCCAACUGUCCUCACCAAAAGGAAACUUUCUCAUGGGUCACUGAAGAGGCCAAUGACGUUUUAUGCAAUCUCCGUUACACCAAUCACUCAACUUUCGGCAAGCUAGAGCUUUUGCCAUUUACUAUCAACCCUAAUUCGAAAGUUCUAGAAUCAUACAAGAAUAUGACUCUUUUCAGCCAAGAAUGGACUGCUAUGGUUAAUCGGACGCUCGAGGCUGCUUCUACCGCUGACACUUCCUCAGUACUCAAGUACUAUAGCGCCACAAGAACAGAGUUCACAGAGAUUCCAGAUGUUUACGCGAUGAUGCAAUGCACGCCUGAUCUAUCGCCAAGUGACUGUAACAGAUGUCUUAGAGAGUGUGUGAAUGAGUUUCAGAGGCAGUGUUGGGGAAGACUAGGAGGUGGAGUUGGUCGGCCUAGCUGUUAUUUCCGGUGGGAUCUUUUCGAAUUUUAUAAAGCUUUUGAUAAUGUUACAAAGGUUCUUGCUCCUCCUAGGCAAUGUUCUCCGCCUGCUCUGGAUUGUGGGAGAGACGAGAAACAUUUUGAAGGAAGACAUAUUGCAAUCAUUGUGGUCCCUGCAAUCAUUAAUCUCAUUAUCUUUGUUGGUUUAAUCUGUUCUUGGAAGAGAAAAACGUCAGACACCGGAAUCAAAGAGUCUUAUAAUCCAUAUGAUGGUCAAUCUAUGUUACGGUUUGAUUUCGUAAUGCUUCGAACUGCAACCCAUGACUUCUCUCCUGAAACGAAGCUUGGCGAAGGUGGAUUUGGAUCUGUCUACAAGGGGGUGUUACCGAACGGCCAAGAAAUAGCGGUAAAGAGAUUAACAAAAGGUUCAGGGCAAGGAGAUAUGGAAUUCAGGAAUGAGGUCUUACUCUUGACAAGACUCCAACAUAGGAAUCUUGUUAAGCUUCUUGGGUUUUGUAAUGAAGGAGAUGAAGAGAUUCUUGUCUACGAAUUUGUCCCCAAUUCAAGCCUUGACCACUUCAUAUUUGAUGAACACAAACGUUGUCUUCUUACAUGGGAUGUGAGGUACAGAAUUAUAGAAGGAGUUGCAAGAGGGCUUCUUUAUCUCCAUGAAGAUUCUCAGUUGAGGAUUAUUCAUAGGGAUUUGAAGGCAAGCAAUAUUCUCUUAGACGCUGAGAUGAACCCUAAAGUUGCAGACUUUGGGAUGGCAAGGCUUUUCAACAUGGACCAGACUCGAGGACAGACAAGCAGAGUUGUUGGAACAUAUGGAUAUAUGGCUCCAGAAUACGCAACAUAUGGACAAUUCUCAGCUAAAUCUGAUGUUUAUAGCUUUGGUAUUAUGCUCCUAGAAAUGAUAAGUGGCAAAAGAAACAAAAGCAUGAAAGAAGAAGAAGGAGAAGAAGAGGAAGAACAAGAAGGGCUUCUAGAUUUUGUAUGGAAGAAGUGGAGUGAGGGAAAAUAUGCAGAGAUGAUCGAUCCUUUGGCUGCGCCGAGUAACAACAUCUCAGUAGACCAAGUAAUGAAGCUCAUUCACAUAGGUUUAUUGUGUGUUCAAGAAGAUGUUUUCAAAAGGCCUACCAUUAAUUCAGUUCUCAUAUGGCUUGAAAGUCAUGCUGCUACAACCAUGCCUGUGCCCACACCUGUUACUUUUCUUACGGCACCAUCGUCACCAUCAUCAUCACUGCACGGUUAAUGAACCAUCAAGCAUGUUUGUAUACAUCUUUGGCUUGCUUAUUGCAAUUAAAGAGAUGCCGUCUAGUGCAAACAAAUUAUCUUUUUAAAGAUUAGUAAAGGGAGGCUUGUAUUGUAUAAUUACUUUCUUAACUUCAAAUUCUUAAAUAAUUAUUUCUUCA